UAGGCUGCAUGCACUCCUGCCUGUCUUUUACUCCGUCCCAGCUGAAGAUUUCAAGGAAGAUGAGCGCUCUAUUUUGCUUCUCCCUUGUAUUGCAGAUAGGGGGAGGAGGUGGUUAUUAGAGGGGAGCCCCCCUCGCUUUUUCUCUGUCUCUCUAGCUGAUAACACUAUAUCGCUCGCUCGCGCUUCUCCUAGGUGAUCCAUUUCUAGGCAACGUGCUGGAGCUGCCAGCUCUCUCUGCAUCCCACCAGCAAAGCAAGCUCUAAGCCAUCCUGCGGACCAUCAGCUGCUUCCCUCUGCUUUGCUCCAGGCACUGCUUCUCUGUCUCCUGCCCUGUCCAACCACUACCUUGCGCGACAGACACAGCACGCUGGGCUUGAUUUGCAGAUUUCUCCACCAGUUGUGGGAAGCAAUUUCUAAGCAGGGGGUGGGGGAAAAUCUCUGCAUUACUAUCUGCAUUACCUUGAAGUUCACUUUGUUUUUUGGCCUAGGGGGGGCUUUUCCUGCAGGAAUCUGGCUUCUAGAACCGGGAUCUCCUAUUUACUUGAUUCUCCGCUCCGCCUCCUUCCUUACUGAAGGCGAGUUAUUUGCUGCGGGCUCCCGGGGUUUGGGGCUCUCGGGCCAAGAGGGUUUUGUGUGUGUGUAUGUGUGUGUGUGUGUGUGUGCGCGCGCGCGGUGUGUGUGUGUGUGUGUGUGUGGUGGGUUGGAAGUUGUUGUGCAGGAGCCGGGACUGAGCCGAUCCCUGGACCCUGCGGAAGGAUGGAGAUGGUCUGACGAAGAGGCGCCUGCUGCCCAGAGAAGCAAUCGGGCUGGAUGGAUUCGCUGCCCGAACUAACAGCAGCGGUGGUCGCUAUGCCCGGAAGCCCCCCGAAGUAACGCGGGGCUCUUGCAAAGGAGAGGGGCGCCCCAAACCCUGGGCUCUCCCCCGAGCCAUCAGCUAUUGUACACAGGCAAUCGGGAUUUAAACAGUGUUCCGGCAUCUCCAACUCUUGGGCUUGCUGCGCUGUCCUUCAUUAUCCUCCUUGUAAGAAGAGAUCUGACGCUCUUUAAAAAAAAAACAAAAAAGCAAAAAACCCUAAACCCCAGGAGGACAUGGAAGUUUUCUCUCUCAUCUUGGUUGUGUCCGUCUGGUGGACUCGAACCUGGGAAGCGGCGAUUGCAGAUUCAAUCAUACAUAUAGGGGCGAUUUUUGAUGAAUCUGCCAAAAAGGAUGAGGAGGUGUUUCGUAUGGCAGUUGCUGACCUCAAUCAGAAUGAUGAAAUCUUACAGACAGAGAAAAUCACAUGUUCUGUGACAUUUGUGGAUGGCAACAACCCAUUUCAGGCAGUUCAAGAAGCAUGCGACCUUAUGAACCAAGGCAUCCUGGCCCUUGUCAGCUCCAUUGGCUGUACGUCGGCGGGAUCCCUGCAGUCCUUGGCAGAUGCCAUGCACAUCCCUCACCUCUUCAUCCAGCGUUCAACAGCUGGGACUCCAAGAAGUGGCUGUGGCCUCACCAGGAGCAAUCGAAAUGAUGACUACACACUGUCUGUCCGCCCACCCGUCUAUGUAAAUGAUGUUAUAUUGAGGGUGGUCACAGAAUACGCCUGGCAGAAGUUCAUUAUUUUCUAUGAUAACGAGUAUGAUAUCCGUGGAAUACAAGAAUUUUUGGACAAAGUAUCUCAGCAGGGAAUGGAUGUAGCACUGCAGAAGGUAGAGAAUAACAUCAAUAAAAUGAUCACAGGGCUCUUUGCCACCAUGCGAAUAGAAGAACUGAACCGCUACCGGGACACUCUGAGACGGGCCAUUCUUGUAAUGAACGCAUCAACAGCCAAGUCCUUCAUUACAGAGGUUGUGGAGACUAAUUUGGUUGCUUUUGACUGUCACUGGAUCAUUAUAAAUGAGGAAAUAAAUGAUGUGGAUGUGCAGGAGCUAGUGAGAAGGUCAAUUGGAAGGUUAACAAUUAUUCGACAGACAUUUCCAGUCCCACAGAACAGCAGUCAACGCUGUUUCCGUGGCAACCACAGAAUAUCUUCAUCACUGUGUGAUCCGAAGGACCCUUUCUCCCAGAACAUGGAGAUUUCGAACCUCUACAUAUAUGACACUGUGCUUUUGUUGGCUAAUGCUUUUCAUAAGAAGCUAGAGGACCGGAAGUGGCACAGCAUGGCUAGCCUGACUUGUAUCAGAAAGAAUUCCAAACCUUGGCAAGGAGGGCGAUCCAUGCUGGAUACCAUCAAGAAGGGUGGAGUGAAUGGCUUGACUGGAGAACUGGAAUUUGCAGAAAAUGGGGGGAAUCCGAAUGUCCAUUUUGAAAUUCUAGGGACCAAUUAUGGAGAAGAUCUUGGCAGAGGCAUCCGCAAGCUUGGCUGCUGGAAUCCUCUCACUGGUCUGAAUGGGUCACUAACAGACAGAAAACUGGAGAAUAACAUGCGUGGGGUGGUUCUGCGUGUGGUGACUGUGCUGGAGGAGCCAUUUGUGAUGGUGUCCGAAAAUGUUUUGGGAAAACCGAAGAAAUACCAGGGUUUCUCAGUAGAUGUCUUGGAAGCCUUAGCUAAUUACCUUGGCUUUAAAUAUGAAAUUUAUGUUGCACCAGAUCACAAGUAUGGAAGCCCCCAGGAGGAUGGGUCAUGGAAUGGACUGAUCGGAGAACUAGUAUUUAAGAGAGCCGACAUAGGGAUUUCUGCUUUAACCAUUACCCCUGAUCGAGAAAAUGUGGUAGAUUUCACAACCCGUUACAUGGACUACUCAGUGGGUGUGCUGCUUCGAAAGGCUGAGAAGACCGUGGACAUGUUCGCCUGUUUGGCACCAUUUGACCUCUCCCUGUGGGCCUGCAUAGCUGGCACUGUGCUUCUGGUAGGACUACUGGUCUACCUUUUGAACUGGCUCAACCCACCACGCCUGCAGAUGGGAUCAAUGACUUCUACAACACUGUACAACUCCAUGUGGUUCGUUUAUGGAUCCUUUGUGCAGCAAGGAGGAGAAGUUCCUUAUACAACACUGGCAACACGAAUGAUGAUGGGUGCCUGGUGGCUUUUUGCUUUGAUUGUCAUCUCAUCUUACACAGCAAACCUAGCAGCUUUUCUCACAAUCACUCGCAUUGAGAACUCCAUCCAGUCUCUCCAGGAUCUCUCCAGGCAGACGGAUAUUCCUUAUGGCACUGUCUUGGACUCUGCAGUCUAUGAGCAUGUUCGAGUGAAGGGGAUGAAUCCUUUUGAGAGGGACAGCAUGUAUUCUCAAAUGUGGCGGAUGAUUAACAGAAGUAACGGCUCAGAGAAUAAUGUGCUGGAGUCACCAGCAGGCAUUCAGAAGGUGAAAUAUGGGAACUACGCCUUUGUGUGGGAUGCAGCAGUUCUGGAAUACGUGGCCAUCAAUGACCCAGACUGCUCCUUUUACACAGUUGGGAACACUGUCGCAGACAGGGGAUAUGGAAUUGCACUCCAGCAUGGCAGCCCCUACAGAGACGUCUUCUCGCAAAGGAUUUUAGAACUUCAGCAAAAUGGAGACAUGGAUAUACUGAAGCAUAAGUGGUGGCCAAAGAAUGGUCAGUGUGACCUAUACUCAUCAGUGGAUACCAAACAGAAAGGAGGUGCCCUGGACAUAAAGAGCUUUGCAGGGGUGUUUUGUAUCCUGGCUGCGGGGAUUGUCCUCUCCUGUUUCAUUGCAAUGCUGGAAACAUGGUGGAAUAAAAGGAAAGGCUCCCGGGUUCCAUCAAAAGAGGAUGACAAGGAAAUUGACCUGGAACAUCUUCAUAGACGUGUUAACAGCCUCUGCACAGAUGACGACAGCCCCCAUAAACAGUUUUCCACCUCAUCAAUUGAUCUGACCCCACUGGACAUUGACACUUUGCCCACACGCCAAGCACUGGAGCAAAUCAGUGACUUCAGGAACACUCAUAUCACUACGACAACCUUCAUACCAGAACAGAUCCAGACUCUUAGCCGUACGCUGUCAGCUAAAGCCGCUUCUGGUUUCUCCUUUGGCAACAUGCCUGAGCACCGAACUGGCCCUUUUAGGCACAGGGCACCUAACGGGGGCUUUUUCAGAAGUCCUAUCAAAACAAUGUCAUCUAUCCCAUACCAACCAACUCCUACUCUGGGGCUCAAUAUCGGUAAUGACCCAGACCGAGGCACCUCCAUAUGAGCUUCAGACCAAGUUUCUUCAUUGUUUCUUUUUAGGACUCCCUUUGCAAGGAGCAGCUGUAAUAUUAUGGGACUAACAUGGAUGUAACUUUUUAAAAAAAAAAUCAGGAUUCUUAGUAACAACUCACUAUUUCUCUUUCUGUCCCCUGCUUUCUCUGUCUUCUCCUCUCUCUUCUCUUGUCACCUGUUUCUUUAAAAACAACAAAAAAAAGAAAUCCCACUAGUUUUAUAUUAGUACACUUUUCAUAUACUUUAAGUAUAGGAAAUGUGCACUGAAUAUGCAUAAAAGAUAGAGGGUUAUUUCACAGAAGGGCGUUUGUAUCUCCCCUCUUUCUCCAUGUUUUAUAUAAUUGCAAUAACUUCAGUCCUUUACAUUUGUUCUGCUGCAUCCAUUCAGUGCUCCGCUGCUGUUGUGUGUCCUUUUAACUGUGGACCAAAGGCAAACCCUGCAGUAAAAGAAAAAGAAAAAAAAAGGAAAAAACAAAACACAUUCAGGCCACAUAAUACGAGAAUGCAAUUUUGUAGGAUUACAAAAAGCCAUUAUUAUGCCAGUAAAGACUACAGUUAAAUCUACUUUUGCACUGCAACAGUGCAUAUGACCUUUAUGUGAUUGUACAGUGUUAAAAGUUUUUCUUAUGUACAGUAAACUGUAUCAUAUGGCAGAAGUCUCUGUUGUGUUAAAUAAAUUAGUAUCACAUAAAUAUAUAUACAUAAGUAUGUGUAUAUAUAUCUAUAAAAUGGCAGCCGUUGCUAUUGCAAUUCAUUUAAUAAAGCUUUAGUAAAAAUGUGUUGUAUACAGAAAAGCUAUACAGUGCAGGGGGUCUUUUUGUUUAGAAAAGAGAUUGGCUUUAAUAUUAUUCUGACUUGCAUUGUUUGCCAACAGAGCUUAUUUUAUACUUUUUUAUUAGAACAUCUGGGUUAAUUUAAUGUUUCUACCCAGAUGUAACUCAUUUGAUUAGGUUUUGCAUUAGCUAUUCAGCAGUGUAUAAGGCUAAACUUGGUAAUUUUACUUUUAAUUAAUUUAACUAAUGGAAAACUCUCUUAGGUAAACCACAUCCAUGGAUAACUAAUACAGCUCUAGAGAAGUUUAAAUGUAGAUCAUAGAAGGUUAAGAAAUUCUUUUCCAAAUCAGUAUCAUCAAUCAAUACAAUAAUGGUGUUACUGGGACAAAAAACCCUUGAGAAAUAUUGAUGGGGCCUUAAAUAAAGUUAUAUAUUAUCCUAAGAAAAAAAUUGAUCGAGCUAUUAUUUUAACCCUUACUAUAUUCAUUUAUAUUUAGAGGAGCUGUGUAAUUUUUAUAUUAGUGCCAACUGUAUAGAACGAUGAAAGAACAGCAAUGAGAGCAAAAACAGUGCCUGCUUUGGCACAAGCUUCUUAAAGUUACACUCUUAUCUGUUAGAAAUGUAGAAUGAGCUUUUAGUUUGUAAUCCUUAAAACCAGAAAUGUCAUUACGUAGAAAACAAGCAACUUAUCCCAUGUUGAGUUCUUUGUUUUUAUUAUUUUGUUUUUUUUUACGCAACCAUACACUUAUGUUAACCUAACUCAUUCUAUGGCUAGAACUGAUAUAGGAAUCAGCCUAUGUGAUUUGCUUUAGGAGAAAUUAAACGGUAUAUUCUUCAGCUCUAUUCUAUUUUGAUGCUAAUUCUGUUCUGGAGGAGCAUCUUGUACUGUCAAUGUUUUUGUACUAAAUCUUCAAAUAUUGUCUACUGUGUAAGGCAGAACAAUUUCUUAUCAUGCAAACGGCCAUUUUGUUUCCAGGGUAGCAAGUGUCUAAAAGCAUGCACAACUUGUUUCCCCUUGUAACAUUCAUGAACUCAUACACAACUCUGAUUUAAAAAAAAACAAAAACAACAAAAAAAGAAAUUUCUUUACAAGCUAUGUAGGGACAUACCAGAUGUUGCAGUGAUUUUAGCUAUAAACAAACUGUUAACCAUGUACACUAUUUAAAAUAGGCCUAUUUUGAUGUGUUGCCUAUUAUACAAAUACACAACACUUUUUGGAGGCCUCAGUUACAAGUGGCAGAGCUUUCUGUGUAUAAUUUGUCUAAAUAAUUUGUCUAAUAAAAUUGUUUUCUAAA